AUUUUGAAUAAAAAUUACAGUGACCAUUUUUUUAAAGGGAAAAUAAAGGACACACUUGAAAAUUUUAAGGCUUUCAACAUGUUUCUAAAUCAAAGUUUGCGAUCAAAGUUACUCUUCUAUACAACAUUCUACAUUCAAAAUUUAACACAUUUAAAAAAAGAUAUAACUACAUAUGAUUUAUUACAGAUUAAUUUGAAACUCAUGUACAUUUGAAACACUAAGUAAAAAAUAAAGGCCAAAAUUAAGUUUUGAGAAAAUGAAUAAAUUUAAAGGACAACGCUAAUAAUUGAAAAAAAGGAUUGUCCUCUGAAAUAAAAGAUGGUCACCGUAAUAAUAAUAGAAAUUGUUUAUUUAGAAAUAUAGAGCUUAUGCACGUGUUUCUCAACAACGUAAAGGAAGAUUUCGUGAUGCUUAUUUUUUUGUCUAUAUAUAAUAAAAUAUAAAUUUUUAAAUUUUUUUAAGUGCCAAUUAAUUCGUUCUUUUUUAUUCUGCUUCUUCAAGAAGAAAUUAGCAACAAAAGUAGAUUUAAUGUUCGAAAUAAAGCUGUAUAAAACACGAAAAAGAAUACAUCUUAUACAGAUAAUGUAUAUUUCGUAUGAAUAAUCGUUUACUGUUGCUUUACAUGAUAGAUUACACUCGUUUAUAUAAAUGCCAUAUCUUUGUCAGGAUAAGCAAUCAAUUCUGUUAUAUAUAUUUCUCACUUCACGUUUUGAAAAAAAUACGAAAAACUUUUUGUUUCUACCUCUCGCUAGAUAUGUCGGCUUGACUUUUUUUUAAUAAAAAAAUCCAUAUCUUUAUUCAUAUUUUGCUUCGAUGAAUAAGGUCGAUACCUUUAGUUGCGUUUAUACGAUACAUGUCGGAUAAUGUUCGGAAAACGAAACCGAAGUUUACUAUUUCGCUAACUAAGAAUUUUUUUCCCAAGGAGACGAAGAGGGACCAGAAAGAAAGAAAGAGAAAUGUGCCAUCUGUUAAUCGUUCUCACUAGCAGACCUCGUCGUUCAUUAGGAAGAAAAAAGAUACCGGGGAGAGGAAAAUAUACAUACAUCUUCUACAAGAGGAGGAAAAUGAGAAGAGGAAACGCUCGUUCUCGUAUUAGCGACGCAAAACCAGAAACGUUGGAAUAUAAAUGCGAAUCCCCAGUCAAGAAUCGCAAGGUGUACCUGUCAGGAUAAGAGAGUCGAGAGAUAGACACCGAGCGAGCGUGACACCGGGAGAAGAGACAAUGCUGGAAUGGUACAUCGGGCUUGCGACCACCCUACUGAUCGUCCUCAUCUACUUUGCGUAUUUCUUCAAGUUCAAUUGGAUCAAAGACGUAAGAAAUGAAAGUAGAACGCGGACAAACGGUGGUGUUUAUGCAAAAUCCAGAAAUCGGAAGGUAGGUAAGCUACCACCAGUAUAUCCGAACGGAUGGUUUGCUUUGCUCGAGAGUUCGCAGAUAAAAAAGGGCCAAGUGGAGCACGUGUCCGCCCUCGGCGAGAAUUUCGCAGUCUUCAGAACCGAAAAAGGCGUCGUAAACAUCCUAGAUGCAUAUUGCCCACAUUUAGGAGCAAAUAUGGGCGAGAGUGGCCGUGUUAAAGGAGACUGCUUAGAGUGUCCCUUUCAUAACUGGACAUUUCGGGGAGAGGAUGGUUGCUGCGACAAUAUACCUUACACAGAAAAAGUGCCGAUAAUCGCGCGUGCAAAAGCUUGGAAGUGUCGCGAAGUGAAUAACAUCAUCUUCGUCUGGUAUAACGCUGAAUCCGCCGAACCAGAUUGGCAGCCGCAGCCACACACGCACAUCUCCAACGGGACGUGGCGUUAUCAAGGUCGCAAUGAGUUCUUCAUCAGCUGCCACGUACAGGAGAUAGCUGAAAACGGGGCUGACAUUGCGCAUCUCAGUGCAGUGCAUGGUCCAGUCAUAUUUCUCUCUGGCAAUAUCCCUUGGCUAGCUCAACACACGUGGACCACCAGUGUGCCGUGGCGACCACACAACUCGUACAGCGAAACAAACGCGGACAAGGAGCCGGACAUGAUAACAAAGAAAGCAGAAGUGUGCGUCAAAGUGAACGGCGAAUUGGUCGAUUAUCCCAUCGCUGGCAACGGUGACGAAAAGAAUCGUCAUCAUUUCGCAGUCACCAAGAACCAAGGGGUCGGUCGAAGGGAGAAGCACAGGGCUAGCUUGCAAAUGCGUCACAGUUUGACCUUGCUGGGACGUUUCACCGUGCUAGUCAUAGACGUGCGCGUCGAACAGAUCGGCCCUGGUUACGUCGAAAUGUCGAUCGACACGUCACUCGGGUCUAUGUGCAUCCUGCAAACAGUUACCCCGGUCGAGCCGAUGCUGCAACGAGUGACCCAUCAGAUCUUUUCGCCGCCACUGUUGGCGCCCUACGCCAAUAUCAUCUUCUUGGGUGAAUGCGUGAUGUUUGAACGCGACGUCGUGAUCUGGAAUCAUAAGAGGUAUGAGCAACAUCCAAUGCUGGUGAGCGAGGAGCGUGCUAUCCGGGAAUAUCGACGAUGGUACUCGCAGUUCUACUCCACUCACAGUCCUACGUACCAAAUGGCCGUCGAGAACUUGCAGUGGUGACGACACAAAGCAACGGAUUCUUGUAAUAGACAUCUCAUACUUAUGGAGUUUGAAAUCCUGGUGUAACAUCGAAAGACAGGUUUGGUUCUAUGAUACUAUUAAUAUCCGAAAAUUGCUCGUAUAUUUAUUCGCGAUCGAUUAAAUCGCAAUGAUUGUUGUCCAUUUCAGACGAUUUAUAAUUCAGAAUUCCAGAAAGUUAUAUUUAUUAUUUUAUGUGCCGUGUAAUUCAGAAUACACACACACAUUUAUGAGAAUAAAAUCAUAAACAGAAUUUUAUUGCAAACUAUAUAUAAAUCGUCUAAAAUAAUAUAUUUAUAAAUGAAUUGAGAAUUAUUUUCGUAUUCUCUUUUCUGUUACAUUAAUUAUUAUUUUAAUAAUGGCAUUAAUUUUUGAUGCUUAAAUUAACAUAUUUUUCAAUAUAUUUUAAUAUAACAUCAAAUACAUGUUUAUUUGUGACAUCGUUUAUUCACUGAUAAAUUCGAUGUCCUAAAAAAAGUAAGUACUUAAUUAACAAAUCUUUAAAGAAGAGUGAGAACUUAAAUAUUUAAAAGAAAACUUUACGGUAAAACUUACGGUUUUAUCGUUAUUUGUUAUAACGCAAUUUUCUCAUAUAAGUAUGCGAUUAGAUAUAUACUCUAUAUAUAUAUAUAUAUAUAUAUAUGUGUGUGUGUAUGUAUGUAUGUAUGUAUGUGUGUAUGUAUAUUUUUAGUAAGUUAAAACAUAUCGAGAGAAUUAUUACGUCUAAUGUGUUAGAAAUAAAAUCAUAGAAUUUUUUAUGUUCAUU